GUGUGUCGUUGCCUGUUUCCCCUCAUGCAGAAACAGAACCAUUGUCGGCCACAACUAGGGCUUCAGUGAUCCAUCCAGCAGAACCAGGAACCACAAAGAGGGACCAGCUCUACCUCCUGAACCUCUGCCCCUUGUUGGUCUCCUUAAACAUCACAUGCUCACAGCCCAGCAUCAGGGCAAAACAGGGGAAAGACUCGGCUGACUGGACAGAACAGAAGAAGAGAAGAAGAAAGGAGCAAGUGAAGGAGACGCGACGGAGGAGACACAGCAGCUGCAAAGACCAGAGGACGACGCCGCCUGCUCACUGCACGUUUCCCUGGAGUGUGUGUGUGUUUGCGGUUGAUGAUCGUGUGGGUGUCUUGCAUCACUUUUGAUGCGACACUGAGACAUGUGUGUGUCACAGCAUUGGAGGAUGGGCUCCCCUGCUCUCCCCCUGCUCCUCGUCCUCCUUCUGUCCCUCCUCUCCUCCACACCUCCGUUUGCUCAGGGUGCCAUCUCCAUCCCCAAAGACUACAAAGUGCAUAACAUGUUACAGCCUCCAGUUUUCAAAGAGACACCGACUUCACACACAGCCUUUUUCCGAGAGGACUUCCACCUGCCCUGUAAUGCCCAUGGGAAACCAGCGCCCACCUACCGCUGGGUGAAGGACGGCAGCCUGGUGGAGUCAGAGCACACGGGCUCAGGGACACUACAAGCUAAAGAGAAGGAGCCGCUGGAGCUGUACCAGGGCAGCUACCGGUGCUACGCCUCCAACACGCUGGGAACCGCCAUCACACAGGCAGUGAAAGUCAUCGUGGAGACUCAGCCCGUUCUUCUAAAGCAGAAGAGGAUCAGUAAGACGGCGUACGAGGGGGAGAGCGUCGUCCUGUCGUGUAACCCCCCGCAGAGCUCCACGCCUCCCGACAUCCACUGGAUGGACAAAAGGAUGGACCACAUCAAGGAGAGCGACAGAGUGAUGGUCGGCCUCGAUGGCAAGUUGUACUUUGCUAAUCUGGUGACGAAUGACAGCAAAGCAGACUACAUCUGCAACGCUCAGUAUUCAGAGGCCAGGACGAUUCUCCCCGACACCGUCGUGUCCCUCAGAGUCGUACCCAGUAAUGAUGUCGUUCAUGGUAAACCACCCCACCUGUUACACCCCUCUGGCUCCCACACUGCAGUGCUGGCCCUUAGGGGCCAGAGCGUUACCCUUGAAUGCAUCCCCAAAGGCCUACCCACUCCAAGCGUAGAAUGGAAGAAGAAGGACGGCAGCCUGGCCGAGACGGGCGGGAGGCCAGAGAGAUACGGCCGCAGGCUUCUGUUCGGCAACGUCACUCAGGGCGACGACGGCGAGUACGAGUGUCGAGCCUUCAACAGCCACGGCUCCAUCACACACUCCUUCACCGUCUCCGUGGAAGCGGCUCCGUACUGGGUCAAGGAGCCCCAGAACCUGCUCUACUCGCCAGGGGAGACUGUGCGACUGGAGUGUCAGGCUGAGGGCAUCCCCACCCCCACGGUCACGUGGGGCAUUAACGGCCAGCUGCUCUCAGAGGUGGAUGCUGAUCCCCGGCGGAGCGUGUCCGGCGGCGUCCUGAUUCUGAAAGAUGUGGAGUUUGCUGACACCGCUGUGUAUCAGUGUGAGGCUUCCAACAAACAUGGCUCCAUCCUCCUCAACACCCACCUCUACGUGGCCGCGCUGCCUCCUCAGAUCCUGACGUCCGACGCGCUCGUGUACAGGGUCAUUGAAGGUGGAAGCGUGAAGCUCCAGUGUGAGUCCUUUGGCUCUCCACGGCCCCACAUCACAUGGGAGAGUGAGAGCCUGGACUCUGUGCUGUCGGACCCUCGUAUCUCCCUGCUGACCAACGGGACCAUUGAACUGUCAGAAGUCACUCACGAGGACAGCGGACAGUACACAUGCUCUGUCAAACACAGUAACAUCUCCAUCGUUGCUCACCUGGAAGUCUUCAAUCGGACAGUGAUACUGAAAGGCCCAGAGAAUGUGUUCGUCGUCAGUGGGAGCCCUGCUCUACUGGACUGUCACUUCCACAAAGACCAUCAUCUGCACAGUUACCAGGUUGUGUGGAAGAAAGAUGGACACAAACUGCAGGAGUCACCACGUGACAAAUACACCGUCUUUGACAACGGCACCUUAAAAGUGACUCAGACUCAACCUGACGACACCGCAUCCUAUUCCUGUGAGGUCAUCACGGACCUGGACCAUGUGGAGGCCGUGGGCUCCAUCACUGUAGCAGCGAAGCCAGAGGCUCCCAGGUCUCUGGCUCUGUCUGAGGUCAGGGACCACAGCCUCACUCUGAGCUGGACCCCCGGUGACUCAAACAACAGCCCCAUCACAGAGUUCAUCGUGGAGGCUCUGGAGGAGCACCACGCCGAGGAAGGCAGGUGGAGGUGGAAGGAGUGGAAGACGGUGCCUGGGGACUUCACCCACCUGCAGCUCACCCUUCACCCAUUCUGCAGCUACAGCUUUCAGGUCAUUGCUGUCAAUGAACUGGGCCGAAGUGUCCCGAGCGUGUCAUCAGAACGCUACAGCACGCCCCCAGCCGUUCCAAACCACAAUCCAACCGGCGUCCGCACUGUGUCCACAGACCCAAACACUCUGAGCAUCACAUGGAACGAGAUGAACGCAAGUUCACAUAACGGUCAUGGCUUCAAGUAUAAGGUGCUGUGGCGAAAGGCCGGGCAGCCAAACGCGCAGUGGAACCAGGGCUUCGCCAAGUCCCCCCCGUUCUUUGUGAAUGACACCGGAACAUUCACGCCGUUUGAAAUCAAAGUCCAGGCUGUCAACUCAGUUGGAGAGGGACCCGAAGCGGACCCUGAGGUCGGACACUCCGGAGAAGACAAGCCUGAGGAGGCUCCCACCGGAGUUGAGACAAAAGUGACGAACAAUACGGUGCGGGUCCAGUGGAACGAAGCCCGUAACGUGCGAGGUCUGCUGCUGGGAUACAAGAUCUACAUCAGGAGGUUGGGUUCCCAGGGAGAACGGCUUCGCAGGUCUCUUGGAAAGCACCACCACAAGGAAGAACACAGGGAAAGGCUGGAGCGAGGAAAGGACAGACACCGAGGGCUUCGGGAGGUGGUGGUCAGUGGCAAAGACACGUGGGUGGAGGUGACGGACCUGAAGUUUUACUCCCAGUACGAGCUGGUUGUCACUGCCUUCAACAGCAAAGGGGAGGGUCCCGCCUCCCCCGAACAUCGCUUCAGCACUCCAGAGGGAGCUCCUGGUCCUCCUGCUUCACUGACGUUUGACAGCCCAACAGAGAAAACACUAACCCUUUACUGGAGCCUUCCACUGGAAACCAACGGCGUCCUGCUGGGAUACGUGGUGCAGUAUCAGCAGGAGUUGCAGAGCAAAGACGGUCUGCUGCAGAUUAUCUCCAUAGACGACCCCAGCGUGACUCACACCACGCUGGAACAUCUGGACCCCAGCACCUACUACACCUUCCAAGUGAUCGCACGCACAGCCGAGGGCAACGGGCCGCCCGCCACGCUGAGGGGGGCCACGCUGCUCGAUGGGGUUCCUCCGUCAAACAUCACCAUAGACCCCAGUAACACGUCAUUCAACCUGAGCUGGGUGCCGGAGGAGCGGUACAGGAACCACGGCUUCCACAUCCGCUACUUGAGAAAGAAUGCUGGAGGCGAGUGGCAGGAGUCUGAAUUGGUAAACUCCACGCAGGGCUCGUACCUGCUGACCGGCCUCCAGCCGGGCUCUCAGUACCGCCUUGUGGUCAUGCAUGGAAACGCCACUCAGUGGGAGGGAGUGGCCUGGACCCGAGAGCCAACGCCGUCCGAGAUGACCAAUCGAUUCUCCACCCAAGGCUGGUUGAUAGGACUCAUCAGCGCCAUCUUGCUGCUGGUGUUAAUUCUGCUCAUCCUCUGCCUCAUCAAACGCAGCAAAGGCGGAAAAUAUGCAGUGAAGAACAAGGAGGACAAAGAGGUGGAUUCUGAAGUCCGGCCAAUGAAGGACGAGACGUUUGGAGAGUACAGAUCUCUGGAGAGCGACGGGGAUGAGAAGCGCUCCGACAGCCAGCCGUCCCUGUGCCCCGACAGCAAGCUGGGCAGCGACGACUCUCUGGCCGAGUACGGAGACAGCGUGGACAUCCAGUUCAACGAGGACGGCUCCUUCAUCGGCCAGUACAGCGGCCGCGCGCCCGUCCCUCAGGGCAACGAGAGCUCCGGGCCCACCUCCCCUGUGAGCGCCGCCCCCCCGCCCCCGAUGGCCCCGUCCAUGUCCAGCGUGCUGAACCGGCCCAGCUAGACACUGUCUGUAGUCACACCAAGACUGUAACCUUCUACUAACACGUCACACACUGUCUAUAGGUACAUUCCUCCGCUGUUUACAGCAGGCCUCAUGUUUUCUAAUCCAAGUUUACACACACACACACACACACACACACACAAUCAAAUACACUUUUCUAUGAGAAACAAAGCGAGUGAGGAGGAAGAUGCUGAUGUGAUGAAGGAGUGAGAUACGAAAAGGAGAAACACAGGGAGUCACUGCAUCAUAUCAGGCUCUGUCCACAUUCAGACUCUGGUCUUUUCAUCAUGAGACAUUUUGCUUUUUCCCCAGUCUGCAUUGAAGGACAGCAUCACUGUCCCUCCAAGCUGCUCCUCAUCGGAGCCGUCUCCUUCCUGUCCAUCAGUCAUCCCGUUCUCCUCACACACAUUUCCUCACUGUCCUGUUUAAUGUGCUUCUCCGUGCCAUCGAUCAUGCCACCACCUUCAUGAGGCCUUGUUAUGUCUCUGGUUUUGCGUUGAAACCCUGAGCUGUGAACUCCACAGUUCCUGAGCCUGGUAACAUGGGAGAGUCUGCCGUUCGUUUCUAAGCAGAUCUCUGCAGUGAAAAGCCAAAGAGCUGCCUCUCGACCAGAAACGGGCCUACAAACCAGAAGGCUAACGCUAGCGUGGACCAUCACUCUGGACCCGACGUGUCUCGAGGCCCCAGUCAGGUUUGUUGUGUUUCAUGGAGGUGAAUGUGAGUUAGCGCUUAGCUUGAGUCGGUUUGUUUAAACCAUCACAUCAUCAGACAGAAGACACUUCUAUGCACACACAUACAUCUACAACGAGCACGGUCCUCUGUAGCAAAACCGUGAGGCGAGGGAGACGACUGAGCUGACAUAUCGUUCUCUGAAUGUAAAUACAACCUAGAGAUCGAGACUUUUUAUUUCCAUUGCUUCUUUUAUAAAAUGAUCAACUUGUGUUUUUUAUUGAUAUUUAAUUUUUUGCUUUUAUAUCACAACGUCCCCCAUGGUUUCCCCCUUGUGUCAUUUAGUAGCCCAGAAACUUUACCAGGACAGGAGCAGUGACCCGUCCGUUAUCAGUAGCAGAGGCAGCAGAGGCAGGAUCACGUCCAGUGAACACUUCUGCCUCUUUCAGGCAGAGCUGCAGCGUCUGCCUGCUCAGAGGGGUUAUCCUGUUGCCGUUAGGUCACAGAAGAUAUGCGACAUUAAAGAUUGUUGUUUACGUUUGCGGAGUAGAGAGAGGCUGAACAGACAAGCCUGCGACCGUCCCGCGCUGAGCUGCCGUCACCUGUGCAAACCAACAUGUGACGUCAUGUAGCUGUGGCUCAGCGACGAAUCACGCAUUCACUGUCAGUUCCUUUAAGAGAAAUGAUGUCCAGCUGUUUAUAAUCCCUCAUCCUAAACCCCAAGAGUAGAGUGUUUACUGAGGAAGCUCCACUUCAGAACAUUCCACUACUUAAGCUGCAUUUAGGGACGCUGACCUUCCUGAACCUGCUUCCUGCUGCCCUUUAACAAAAUCACCGUCUCUGCCUCUGUCCCCCUCCCGUCUGUUUCUGUUUUACCACUGAUGCUGCCUGCCUGUCUGUCUGUCUGUCUGUCUGUCUGUCUGUCUGUCUGUAUCGCAGCCUUAUUUUAUACGUAUACAUAAACAAUAAAAGUAAGUAUAAAUAACAAUACUGCUAAUGAUAACAGUGCUUUUAUCGGUGACGGUUUGUCAUCAGCAGCGAUGAAAUGCUUCAGCGUGACAGGAUGUAACUGGGACAUUACACUGGACACACACACAGAGGAGGGUGUGUGUGUGGGGGGGGGGCUACUAUACUGAGGUGUGCUGAUAUUGUACCUGCUUGUUGCAUUGUGCGCUGUACUGUACUGUAUCUGACUAACUAACCCAGACUGUCCACUAACAAAUAAACAUGGCCUACGCAUC